AUGGGCUUAAGCAAUACCAAGCCCACCAAUGAUGCUAAGGUGGUGAUGAAAUUCUUACAUAAGCAUGUGUUUACUCGCUUUGGUACACCAAGAGCUCUUAUUAGUGAUGAAGGUACCCACUUUGUCAUCAAAAUUUUGGUUGCCCUCCUAGCCAUAUAUAGCGUGAAACACAAUAUUGCUAUAGCCUACCACCCUCAAAAAAAUGGUCAAGCAGAGAUAUCCAAUAGAGAAAUCAAGAGAAUUCUAGAAAAAAUGGUGAAUCCUAGUAGAAAAUAUUGGUUUCAUAGAUUGGAUGAUGCUUUUUGGGCCAAUAGAAUGUCUUUCAAAACCUUUUUGGGAAUUUCACAUUAUCGUUUGGUUUUUGGGAAAACUUUCCAUUUUCCCGUUGAGUUAGAGCAUAGGGCAUAUUGGGCCACUAAGAAGUUGAAUAUGGAUCUCCAAUCUACUGGAGAUGCUCGUAAAUUGCAAUUGAACGAGCUAGAGGAGAUGAGGUUGUUCUCCUAUGAAAAUGCUAAGCUUUAUAAGGAGAAAAACAUGAGGUGGCAUGACAAGAAGAUUCAAUCUCACGUCUUUGAAAAGGGGCAGCAAGUUUUGCUCUUUAACUCGCGUUUGAAGUUGUUUUCUAGAAAAUUGAAGUCCCUUUGGUCAGGCUCAUUCACUGCAGUGAAAGUUUAUCCCUUUGGAGCAGCUGACGUGCGAAAAGAUCAAUCUGGAAGGGAGUUUAAGGUGAAUGGGCAGUGCUUGAAACAUUAUUGGGGAGCGGUUCAAAGGCGAGAAAUUGGUGUUUUGGAAAUAAUUCUUGGGUUUGAUGGUUUUGCGGACUUUUUGCGUAAGCAAACGGGGAGCAAAAAUGGGUCUCAUUUCUGA